UUCUUUAAACUGGGCCACCAGGUUUCUGUGCUUAAGGACCUGAAUCUUUGUUUGGCAGGAUGGCAUGCAUUGUGGCUUAGCUUGUUCUGAAGAAUUCAAACAUUUAUAAAUUUUGUUUGCAGAGACAAUUUCAAAACACUUGACCCAAGUACCAUGAAGGCGAGAGAGAAUCUUACCUUAGGAGCCAUGAACAUCCUGAGAAAUCAGUCCUGGACUCUGUGUGCUGGACAAAUAAUGGUGUUUUCACUUGAGGCAGGAUUCUCCACAUGAGAUUGCUAGAGACAAGAUUUCUGUGGGUUUUCCCACACCUUAAGUCGCACUAAAUUGCACAAAUAUCAGCUGUUGUUUUUUUUUACAAAUGGAAGGAGUGAUUGAUCAGAUGAAAAUAGUGAACUCUAGCUACCAGCACUGCUGUCUAUAACAUGCUCAGUUUUGCUCCUUUUAUGAAUUAUGGAAACUUGGUAGCACAUGGAAAGUGAUUCAAGUGGUCAAGAAGUGACUUUCCUGGGUUUGUGAUGGCAGGGUUGGAGGGACACUCUGCUUCUUGCACUUUGCUGGGACCUCUAAACACACCAAAAUAUGGCAUGCAUCAGAGAAGUGGAAAGUGAAGUCCUGACCCUAGAGCAGAUGUGUUACAGGAGGAACAGGAAUUGUACAAGUAGUUCCACGUCUCUGCGGUGGCAACGCACACACUUCGUCUGUCGCUGUACAGCGAUUACAAGGAGUGAAGGCUGCCUCCUUGAGAAAUCACAGCAUGUCUUGAUGUUUGGAUGUUCUCCAGAAUGGAAAUGCGAAUUGUUUCAGAGAGAAAACACUGCUGAGAUAGGCCUUGGGUCCCUUGGGCUACUGCUGCCUUGUUCUGAACAAGUGACUCGACAACACAAGGGAAUAAAAUUGUGGGUUUGAAGUAUAAUCUUGCAUCCAUUGCUGCCUAGAAAAUGUCUUAUGGAUCCAUUGAUGGAAGUGGAUUUGGGAGCAGGAAUCCAUUUGGAGGUCCUUCAAGACAAGGCUAUCAACCUCUUGCCACCCAGAUUGAUCCCAGUGAACUGCAGGAACUUUUUCAGGAGACUUCAGCCAAUGUCUUCCGAAUUAAUUCCAAUGUGACCUCUCUGGAAAGAAGCCUUCGAUCUCUGGGGACCUCAAAUGAUACUCAAGAGCUACAGGAUGGCCUGCAUGCAACCCAGCAGGAGACUAACAAAACCAUCACGACUAGCACCAAAGCCAUCAAGCAGCUGUCUGAGGUUGUCAGAGGCUCAUCCAGGCAAGAAAGACUUCAGCUGGACAGGCUGAAGAACCAGCUGUCAGAUGCCAUCCAGAGAUACGGAGCCGUGCAGAAGAAAAUAGCAGAGAAAUCCAAAGCUUUGCUUCCCACUGGGCAGAGAAGUUCCAAACAGCAGAUCCCAAAGACCCCCUUCUCUGACUUAGCUGAUGAUGAGAAGAUCUUUAAUGGAGGAGAUGGCACGUGGCAGAACCAGAACCAGGAUCAAGCCUUACUCUCAGAAAUCACAGAAGAGGACCUGGAGGCCAUCCGUCAGCGGGAAGAGGCCAUUCAGCAGAUUGAGAGUGACAUGUUGGAUGUGAACCAGAUCAUCAAAGACCUGGCCUCCAUGGUGCAUGAGCAAGGAGACACAAUAGACAGUAUCGAAGCCAACAUUGAGACUGCAUCUUCUAAUGUAGAAUCAGCCAAUGAGCAGUUGGCAAAAGCCAGUCAGCACCAACUGCGAGCCAGGAAGAAGAAGUGCUGCCUUCUCUCCAUUGCAUUGGCUGUUCUGCUGUUCAUCGUCAUCAUCAUCGCGGUCUCUGUCAAGCGCUGACCUGGUUCCAGUUUCCACAGAGCCUGUGAUCAACCUUGUGAAGUGGAAUGGAUUCUCAAGGCAUUUCAUAUUGAGGCCCCACGUCUAUGUCUGCUUUACUGAUCACGUUGUAUCCAAACUGCUAGAGUCAACAAGCACUUAACUGUAUGAAGGAAAAGUUGUUUUAUACUGUGUGUUAGUAUAAUUGUGACUAAUUUUUCCUUUUUUGUGGGUUUUUUUUUCCCCUUCGUUGCAGAUGUUUUACCUUAUGUUACAGGUUUUAAUUAUGUCCCCUGUGUAUCUGGGCAAUGCUAUUUCUUUGCCUCUAGAUUUGGUAUACAGUGUGCUGUAAGAUAUGUGGCUGUUAAUACAUCUUUAUUGUGCUUUUAACAUCUUCCAGAUCUCCACUUCUGGUCAUUUCAAACUAUGAAAGUCAACAUGCUUUGUUCUGAUUCUUUU